UUCGAUUUGUUGAUUUGAUCUGAGAAUUUGAUCGUUGUCAUCGUAUAAUUUCUGGAUAUAAUUUAUAUUUUUCAUAUUUAUUUAUUAAUCUUUAAUUAAUUAUGUUCGGAAGUUCAAAUCCAAGUUUCAAUUUUGGGCAACAACCGACUGUCACAAGUGCGCCCACUGCAUUUGGUGCAACACCAUCGUUUGCUUCACCACAAACUUCAACAGCAUUUGGUGGAAGCAUUUUUGGUGGUGGUCAAGCUACAAAUGUCACUGGUACUCCUCAACAAUCAUCAUUAUUUGGACAACCAACUUCAACACCUGUCGCAACUGCAACUGGUCAACCACAACAAACUGCCGGUAUUGGUUUUAAUUUUUCCAGUCCAACUAAUACAUUCGGCAGCGGCUUUAAUCAGCCACAACAGCAACAAACGUCGACAAGUCAAUCUUCAUCGGGAUUCUCAUUUGGUUCAACUACACAACCUACCGCAUUCAAUUUUACCAGUCCAACACAACAACAAUUACAACCAAGUGCCGCUGCUCAACCAACAUUGUCAUCGAUACUUUCACCGCAGGCAAAUCAACCCUCAUUGUUUGGCGGUCAAACAACGGUCAACACAUCAAGUUCCGCACCAUCAUCAUUUCUAUCAGGUGGAUUAUUUGGUUCAAAAACAACUACUGCGCCUGCUACAGGUGGUUUUUCAAAUUUUGGAACAUCUUUUGGAUCGAAUCUUGGCACUGCAGUUACAAGUCAACCUCAACAAUCAUCAAUUUUUGGACAACCAACAAGCACAAGUUCUUUAAAUUUUGGAUCAACUUUUGGAGUUCCGGCAACUUCUGCAGUUUCAGGUAUUCUAGGCUCUAAUCAAUCGACAACCUCGAUUGGUGGUGGUGGAGGUAUUUUCGGAACCGCUGCAUCAAAUGCUGUUUCUACCACCUCAGCCCCGUUAUCAUUUGGUGGUACGACAUCAUUUUCAUUACCAUCAAACGCCGCUACUACCACUGCAGCCCCAUUAUCAUUUGGCGGUCCAACAUCAUUUUCGUUACCAUCAACGAUUGCAUCAACUGCCGCUUCUACUACCGCGGCUCCAUUAUCAUUUGGUGGUACGACAUCAUUUUCGCUACCAUCAACAGCUGCAUCCACAUCUGCUGCUUCUACCACAUCUGCUCCAUUAUCAUUUGGCGGAACAGCAUCAUUUUCGUUGCCAUCAACAAUUGCAUCAACUGCCGCUUCUACUACCGCUGCUCCAUUAUCAUUUGGCGGAACAACAUCAUUUUCGCUGCCAUCAACAGCUCCAUCCACAACUUCAACUGCUUUACCAACAUCUGGAUUCAAUUUUAGCACCGCAACAACAUCAGCGAAUUCGGCUCCUGCUGUUUCGAAACCGAUUCAAUUUCCAGCUUUUGGAGUACAGGCUAGCACACAAUCAACAACAACAGCAACAACCACAUCUACACCAUCAUUUGGAUCUUCAACAUUGAUCGCCACAACUACAGCGGCAACAACAACUAAUACAACAUCUACAGCGUCUACUGGAGGAAGUGUUCCCAGUUUCAAUUUCGGAUCAUUGCAAACAUCGAAUGCACCUGCUACCACUAAUAAUGCGACAGCAAAAACAUUAUUUGGUUCAGCGGCCACAACUACAGCUUCAACCACAACAACCGCUACGACUAUUUCAUUCGGUUUGAAUACAAGUACAACUGCGGCAACCACAUCCGCUCCAUCCGCAACUAAACAAAGUACCGGAUUUGUUAUUACACCUUUAUCAACCAGUACAACAACAUGUUCAGCUACUGUACCGGCUACAACAACAACAAUAACUUCAACGCCAAUCACUACUGCCGCAGUAUCAUCGGCAAAUGUUCCAACAGCCACUGCAUCUAUCGCACCAAAUACACAAUUAACAUUCGGUCAACUUGAAGAUCAGAUUAAUAUAUGGAUGAAUGAAUUAACACAAUUUGAAUCGGAUUUUCAUGAUCAAAGUCAAACAAUAAAUUCAUGGGAUUCAUUAUUGAUUUCGAAUGGUCAAAAAUUAAUUGAUAUGGAUAAAAUGAUUGAAAAAUUAAAUGUUUCUCAUCGUGGAUUAGAUCAUCAAUUAGAUUUCAUUAUUGCUCAACAAAAAGAAUUGGAACAAUUAUUGGAACAAGUUGAAGAUAAUAAAUUGGAUCUAGGCGCCAAUAAUGUGAAUGCUGAACGUGAACAUACAUAUUCGUUGAUUGAAACGGUACACAAUGAUCUAAAUGCUAUUGGUACCGAUUUAAAAGAUUUUAUAAAAAAAUUGAAUGAAACAAAAUCAACUAAUCAUGAUUCAAAUGAUCCAAUGAUACAGAUUCUUAAAAUACUUAAUUCACAUAUGGAUGUUUUACAAUGGAUGGAAAAUCAAAUCAAAAACAUUAAAGUUAAUUAAAAUGAUUGUUUUGUU